UGUCACUUCUGCUCAGCCAAUCAAACACAGUCAUGUCUAUGAUAAGUGAAGAAAGGAUCACAGUUCUUUUCAUUCAGCACGACAAUCUGAACACGAUGGCAUCUGCACACUUUGUCUUCUACCUGACCUGUCUGCUCUUGUGGGAAAUGGCUCAGAUGAGUCACCUGAAAUCAUCAUCAGUGCUUCGUCAAGACAGAACUUUUCUAUCAGCUAACACUGGGGACAGUGUGACUUUGCAAUGUUUCUAUCAAAGCAAUUUUCCUGGAAGGCUUUACUGGUAUAAACAAACCUUGGGACAGAGACUGAGGCUCAUCUCCAUGUUCUACAAGUAUGAAACAGAAGCCAUAUUUUCUGAUGAAUUCAAGAGCAACCCGCGCUUCACACUGGGCACUGAAACAGGAAAAAACCACCUGAAGAUAACAGAUCUGCACACUUCAGACUCAGCUACUUAUUACUGUGCAAGCAGCUACUCAUUCAUGUUUGAGUUUGCAGAGGGCACCAUCGUCAACGUAAAAGGCUCAGGUUUGAACAUCCGACCUUCAGUCCAGCAAUCGCCAUCUGAGAUCAUCCAACCAGGAGACUCUGUGAAUCUGAGCUGUACAGUACAAACUGGGAUCUGUGAUGGAGAACACAGUGUUUACUGGUUCAAAACUGGAGAAGAACCCCUUCCAAGGAUCAUUUACACUCAAGGAGGCACAAAUGAUCAAUGUGGGAAGAAACCCAACACACAAACACAAACCUGUGUCCACAACCUGCCGAUAAAGAACCUGUCUCAUGCUGGAACCUACUACUGUGCUGUUGCAUCAUGUGGACACAUCGUGUUUGGAAACGGGACCAAGCUGAGCGAUGAGGAUGAGGAGAACAUUAAUGCUUCUGUUGCUUAUUUCUGGAGAGGGGCCUUUACAUUCACCUCCUUUUUGAGUGUUGUAUUGGCUUUCUCAGUGUGUCUGAUGAACAAGAAGAACUGCUGCACAUCUCCAGAGUCUCCAGGAAACUUAUCAAGUUCAGAUGUAAAGGGUCACCGACAUGGAGAAAACAUCUAUUACGCUGCUGUAAGUGUCAACCUGACCAACAGAUCAAAAAGCCAGAGGGAUCCCACCUGGAGCGACUGCAUGUACUACAGCAUAAAGCAGUAGAACUGUAUCACUGUUUCAUUUGCUUUCAAGUAAGACAGGAUUUUGUGUGUGUGUGUAUUCAGUGCAGAAAUAAUUUGAAAUAAAUCUGUUUUUAUAGCUUCUUUGUGGCCUGCAGCUCAAAUAUAUAUCUUUCCUUUUAUAAUAUGAUUUAGGACAUGAAAAUGCAGAUUAAAAUAUCCAUAAUGCAUGCUUAGAAUGUGUUUUGUCUGUAGGGUCUCAAGCAGGUCAUGUCUGCUAUGAUGUUGUUUUUAUUCAUUAAGUGACCUGAUGCAGAAGAAGUAAUCACUCGUCCUUACUGAGGGUGAAGAUUGUCUCUGACUUCAUGUGUUUUAACCUCAUUGUCGCUCAACAGAAUCCUGUAUGUGUUUUUGCAUUUCAGCUUGAAGUUGCUGAUGAUCAAUAAACAUAAUUCAAAGUAU